ACUUUUCUGUCUUUGUCCUUUUCAUUAAUUUUAUGUUCUGUGUUGCUAUUACUGUAUUGCACUACUAUGUACGUUAUUAAUGGUAAAUUGUUAAUGAAAAACUGUUGAUUACAGACUUACAGUAAAUUAAUCGCUACUCCGUUUCCGCCGUCUGUUUCGUAUGUUGGAUAUUACUAACUUGGAUGUCUGGGAUGCUGCAGUGAGCAGUCUGCAGAUUGCAGGACAUUUUGCAGUAGUCCCCUUGUCGACACUUGAUUUGAGCUUCGUGACGCCAGUUACCCAGUACUUGUACAUGUAUGUAGAUUGUAGAGUUGUAUUACCGUACGUUUUACUUUUUCCCUUCUGUUUACAUGUUGCUUCUAAUAUCGCUAAUUUUGCAUAAAAUUGUUAGCUAUUUUCUGGAAGGGUUGGUUCUGACUUGCCUGGCGCUGCCUGCUAUUCAUUUGACCGAUUUCGGAUGUUGAGUGUUGACUGUGAAGGAGUUUUGCAUUAAGACAGUCAAGCAUAUUCUGUAGUCACCAUGUCUGUUGGCGGUCAAGAUGCAGUUUCGCUGUCUGUGGAGUCCAGCGAAGAGUGCGCACAGCACAAGGGGAAACAUUCCGGAUCACGUUUGCAGACCAAAUUAUAUGAAUGCGCAGUGGGGCAGUUGACCAUCUACAUCCAAUUGGUGAAGUUAAAGCAGUCCUGCUUUCUCUGGAUCGGCGACCAGCGAAAAUGCUUGGACAAUCUGACGGUAGCGUUGCCGAACCCUUUCGAAGCACCGCCACUAGCCAGCAGCAUUCUCGACCGACGUCCCGCGGAUUCCAUUGGAAUGAACGAUGAGAGCCGGAGGCUGGCCAUGAAAUUGUCAAAGAAACUGGGAGCCCAAGUGUUUGUGUCAUACACCGUGGAUAGUCCGCCGGAGGUGGAUGUGAUCAGUGUAGUGGAAAAGUUCCUCUUCGAUGCUCUGCGCUCGGGCGACACUUUCACUCUGUGAUGGAUAUGCUGGAGAAAAAGAUUUGUUUAAUGGAAAGCGGUCCUGAAGCGUGUUGUUUCGGACGAUGGUGCGCCGUUUUCUGAAGUAAGAUUUCUCCGCGUCGGCUUGACCGUAUUUCGUUAUACUGGUUUACACUUUUCUUAAUUUCUUCAUUGUUUGUUCUUGCUGAUAUAUCCAUCAAAUAGCAAUUAUGUAAAUAUACACGAUAAAACUGAAAAACAGUGUGC